AUGCGCGUCCAAGGCUGGGACCCGGUCUUCUCGUCGCUCCUAAACUACUCGGGCGGACCGCGGACCGUCGCACAUAUCAUGGACUGGCGGGAGAUGGCUGCGCGGCCAGCUGUGAAUACGGCAGGAGUAUGGGAACGUGUGCGCGGUGCUUGGACCGGAGGGAAGAAGGUCGAUCAGUCGGAGGGACGCGAGGAGCAGGGUGUCGCUUGGGAUUAUGGCGUCGAUGCGAGACGCGGCUGGAUCAUUGGCGCGGCUUGGAUUACCGCUUGUGCGGUUGACAUCGCACCGCUGUACUACCUCAUCAAGCGCCCGACCUACAUCCUCGACUUUGCCCUAACCCUCAACUUGAACCACCUCCUUUUCACCAUCUACUACGCCAAAUCCUUCCCCACCAGCCUCUACUUCUGGGUCGUGCAAGCCCUCGGCGCCAUCCUCAUGAUUGUCUUUGGCGAGCAGCUGUGCGUCAAGCGCGAAAUGACGUCCGAACUCGACAUUGCAUGGAACCCUGGAGCAGAGGAGAUCGAGCUCGGAGACCCGCGGUAA